AUGCAAAAUAAUAUAAGGAAUACAGCGGCCCGGCUCCUAGCCGGAGGGGAUUACAGCGAAGCAGAACCAUCGACGCCAGUCGCCCUCGCCGCAUUUCUGACCCCGGUCCCUCUAAAAAGGACGCUCCGGACGAGGGAAUGCGGGGACUGGCACCAGCUGGCGUCGACGAGCGUCGCUAAGACCCUGCAGGACCGCCCGCCCAUGGACGAGCGGAAGAAAAACGUGCGGUCGCGGAGCGGGGGGAGGACACCGCUGCCGCCCGGGGACGAGGUGGGUAGCUGGGAGGACGGUUUUCUCCCUCUACCCCCCAACUAUGCCCCCGGUUCGAUCGCAGGCAGCGACGAAUUCGAUACGGCGGAGGACACCGCCGGCGAAGCCCCCGCCCCCCGCCCCGCGGAAACAGCGGAGACAGCACCAGAGCCUGCUCCAGGCCCUGCAAGCAGAGAACCAGAACAGGACAAGAUACCACUCCCGGUCCCGACGACGCGACCCAUCUUCUUCGCGCACGGAGAACAGCCAGGCGACCUGAUUGACCAACUGCACCAUGACACGGUUGCCGUUGCCAAUUUUAUGGAGUCACGCCCAGGGCUGUCAGACGGCCUGAUAGCCUGGAUGGCCGCGUACGUCCGUAUCACGGAACACGAACUCGGCUUUGAGACCGAGCUACUCCCGGAGGACCAUAACUUCAUCACCUUCCUCAGAGCGCAUCCAAUCCCAAACCUGAGAUCGGACAAGAGGAGGAGAGACUCCCCAGACGCCCCCGCAGCCCCCGAGAAGAGGACCUGCAGACAACCAACCCCCCAGGCAAACCCCCGGGACCCGAGAUUGCGUCGCCGAUCAAGGUCGCUGGAGGGGCCCUCACUUGCGACACCACAAAGCACCCAUCAACCCACUACGGAGCCACCAUGGAGGGCCCCCUCCCCGACCUCAACGAUCGGGAAAAUGGGAUUCGCGGGGGUGGUAUUGCGGAGACUGGACAUCUCUGGCCGCCGCCACCCCCCCACCUCAUUGAUGCCCCAGUCAGAAAAAGAAAUAGAAGAGCAACCUGACGCUAGGACACUGCCUCCAACGGAGGAAACAACGAAACCACCUCAGCAGCCCCAACCGGAGGAGGGGACCCCCAGGGGCCCGGACCCCUCAGUCCCCUUCAUCGACAUAGAUCUACCUGAGACGCAGAAAAGCACCCAUCCACCGGAGCCGCUGACGCGGGAGGCCCCGGAAUCCAGGGACCAACCGCCGCCACCAGGCCCCACACCACCUGACGAGCCCAAACCCCAGCGAGACCCAGCCAGGAGCCGCCCAAGCACCAGGCCAGGAACUCAGGACCCACCAGCUGCAUCAACAACAGCCACAACAGGGCCUCCAGCAAAGGCCCCAACCACUGCAGACAACAGCAAAGAUCCCCCCAUCGCACCAGCUGGCAAGGGGACCUACGCUGACAAAGCAGCCGCGCCCUCUCAGGCGACGACCGACAAGAAGAAGGAGCAGCAGCAAGCCCCCCAACCAAAGAAGGAGAAGUACCCGACCAUGUCGGUCCCGGUCUUCCCAAACUGGACUAAGGAGCUGGCAGCCAUAAAGGAAAAGCUAGGAAGAGCAGCCAACAACAAACCUACGGGGAGAGGCAUCAUCUUCCUACCUGCCACUGCCGAGGAGUACAGGGUGGUCUACGACCACCUGGAAAGCCUGGGCCAAUCCAUUGAGUGGCAUGUCUACCAGCUGGAGAAGGAUCGCCAAAUGAAGGUGGCCCUGCGUGGACUACCAUCAGACACACCAACGGAAGAAAUCCAAGCGGCCUGCGUGGAAAUGGGGUACCCUGUAGUCCACGUAAAACAGAUAAACGCCAGGGAGGGCAGACCAGGCUGCGUCUACUUCCUCCAGCUGGCAGGCCCCCGAGGGACUUCACGAAGAUAUAUUCGCUGA